AUGGAAGAAAAUAACUCAACAUCAAUUACUUGGCCUCUCAUUGACUGGUGUUUCAAUAUGGAGAUGUGGUUACAUACAAUGGCCACACAAAAUAUCUCAACGCAAAUGCGUACCAAAUAUGCACAUUACAAAGUGUUCAGCUAUCGUUAUAACGGAUUGCUCACAUUGAUGCUGACACUUCUUGGAUUGACUGGAAGCUCACUUUUGUUGAAACAAAUCUACGGAUCACGAGUAUUUUCAAAACGUCUGGCAGUGCACCUAGGAAUGAUUUGUUUCUGGGAUAUGCUAUAUUUACUUUGCUGUCUUUCAACAUAUUGUAUCCCAUCGUUGAUCUACAGUGUUACCCCAAUUUAUGGACCAUUCUCCUACAUUCUAUUCUUUUUACAACCAUUCGCAUCAUUCUGUGUUUCAUGUACUAUCUGGCAAGUAUUCGCUAUUACACUGGAACGAUAUCUGGCUGUGUCUUCUCCUCUCGAACAACGUACUCGUAAAGCAAAGUUUGGAGUCGGCUGGAUUUGUGUGGCGAUUACCAUUUGUGCAUUCAUACUCAAUCUUUUGCCAGUUCCUUUUGAAAACGAGCUUGUCGACUGUUACGAAAUCGUUUUUGAUAGUAAUGGAGCGCCAAUGUUCAGGAAUCAUACCAUGAUGAAACCAUAUUUUGAUGAUAAAAUUCGUAUUUACAGAUUUUUGGUUCAUUUCUUCCCCGAUCUAUUGUUCCGUGCACCAACACCUAUUAUUGUCAUUGGAACUAUGACUGUCCGCACAAUCCAGGCUUGCAGUCAGAGAAGUGUUGGAAAUUUUCAAAUUGGAAUGAGGUUCAACAGAAAUAUGCCACUGCGGUUAUCACUGCUUAAUUUUAAAUUUAUUUUGUGCAACACUCUUUAUAUGUUUAACACUAUUCUACUUGAACUUCUGGAAUACGGAAAUAUGGACAACGGAGACUAUGACGGUUAUAUUAACUCAUUUUACUUGACCGAUGCGUCCAAUAUGCUUCUUGUUGUGCAUAGUGCCACCAACUGGCUUCUAUUCUACAAGUUUCCAAGCUGCAGGAAGAAGGACUCUAUCAGCAUGACUUUGUCAACUUCAAUCAAAUAUAGUUCGAUCAAACAUCGGGUUGCCGAACACAUUAGCAAGCAAGUCAGUCCAUUGGCAUCAGCACUCGGUGUAGAUAUUAUUCAUAAACUAUGCGAAGACAUCCCGGAGGUCAAAAGCAUUAUCCAUGGGAAAUUGGAAAAAGAGAGCGAGCAAAAUGAACGAGAGACACUUGUCGGACUUGAAUUCGGUCAUUUCAUUAGAGAUGUCUUCAGAUGGUUUGGAGACCGUAAUCGUCGCGUUUCUAAAAAGAUCAUCUACAAACAGUAUUCUGAUGCAGCAAUAAGAGGCAAAAUCAAUUUCAAAGCUCCAGAAUGGAAAAUAAUCAGAACUACAGUAGUAGAGAUGAUUGUAACUCAUUUGGCAGCACAUGCUAAAGAGACAAAUUCCAAAGGAGCCAUCCACUCGAAAGCUGAUAUCGAAGAAUGUGCAACACGAGUAUUCAAUCAAGUUCUUAGCGAAAUGAAGAAUGUGGCGUUAUGUGCAAAUGUUGAAGAAAAACAAAAAGCAAGAGCUGAACGCUUUGUCAGAUCGAACUCCACAACUACUGUUAUGCCAAUCUUCAGAGAGCCUCCGAGAAAGUCCCAUUCAGUCUCAAUGAGAUUCCAAUACUCAACUUCUGUAGAUAGUGUGCAAAUGUCGGAACAGCAAACACUUAUCCAUAAAGUCUAA